CUGGAACCCAACCUUAAUGUUCUUUCCACUUUGUGUCUCCACUUUCCUUACUGAAGUUCUCCACAGAUUUUCAUCUGUAAGGAUGCAGAGAAGAUCAAUUUCUCAGAGAUUAUCAAAACAAUAGUCAAGAAUACCAUUUCCCUGGAACACAGGUAUAUGAUUGUCUCCAGUGUCCUCAUAUUGACGGCAAUAAUUUACCGUCAGGAUAAGAAAUUAGGUUCAUGUUAGGGCUGAGAUGUCUGACAAUUAGAAAAGCAUGAAGAUUUGAGGAACUCCAUGGUAGCUGAAAAUGGGGGGGUUGAUGGAAAUGAACAUGAAAUUGAAGUUACUGAGUCAACUCCAGAUCUAGGGGUUUCAUCUGAAGAUGUUGAUUCGGCAGCUGAGGAAGGAACAAAUGGUUUUGCUACUAAUCACAGUAUUAAUGCUGGGGACGCUGAAAUGCAACCAACAGCUACCAAAUUAGAUCAUCAGGAGAGUCUGAAGGAAGAUAUGUUUGUUGAUGCUUCAGAUGAGUUGGAUUUGGAUAAUAACAGGAAGAAUAUUGAUGUUGAACAAGAACGACCUGUUGUCUCCAUCAAUGAAACCCAGGACGAGAGUCAUCACAUCAUGGUGGAAGCAGAAGAGGAGAAAGUUGGUACAGAGGAAUCUGGUUCUUUGCCGGUGGAGGAUUGUGGACAAACUCGUGUGUUUGUUGAUGAGGUUUCACAACUUCGGGCAAUGUUGAAUAAAGCUGUUGCUGAGAAAGACACAAUGGCGCAUGAGUAUAAGGUUGAAAGAAAUGGCUUCAUAAGAGAACUUUUUACACUUCGUCAGAAGCUUGAGGUUAUCACUAGUCAGCAUUCGCCAGUUGAGACUGGUGAAGGGAAAGCUGAGAAUCAUCACCAGGAAGAAAAAGUGGAGGGGGUAAAAGGUAGUACCGAUGAGUUGAUUUCUCCAUUGCAGAGAAUGGUCAGUGACUGUUCCAGAUUAACCAUGCGUCUUGAAAGUGUUUUAGAUGAAAAAUUGCAGUCUGGGGAUGUGGUGAAACAACUCCAAACUGUUAUUUUCCAGAAGGAUCAAGAGAUUGAUGAUCUUAAUACAAAAGUCAAUGACCUUUCGGUUUCCAAAAGUGUUGUUGAAUCUCACAUGGAAUCACUUCAACAGACGUUGAAAGAAUCAUCUGAAGUCCAUAAUGAGUCAAACCAACAUGCGGAGGUUGUAUUGAAGAGGUUAUUAGUUUCUGUUGGUGCAAUAGUCAAGCAAGAGGACUUGUUGGAUGAUUCUGCUAGUGACAAGUUAUCUCUUGUUGAAAGGGGAAUCUCUCUAAUGAUUGAGAACUAUAAUCAGUUUCUUGUUGAAAUCGAUGGCCUCAAACAAUGUUUGAGUGAGGUUAGGUCGGAUUUCAAUGUACCGGAGGAAAAUGAUUUGGGGUUUGUUUUUGGUGUUGCCUGUGAAGAGCUUUUUUCCUGCAAAAGAAAGGAGGUUGAUUUUGUAUCAAAGUUAAAUCAACUAGAAGCUGAAAAUAGCAAACUGAUGAAGGAACUAGACAAGGAGAAAGAGACGUUAGAAGUGGUGAAGGAAGAAGCCAUCAGAACCAAAGGGGAACUUGAGCAGGAAAAGGUUAGGUCUGCUAAUACAAAAGAAAAGCUUGGCAUGGCCGUCACAAAAGGUAAGGCACUGGUUCAGCAGAGGGAUUCACUGAAGCACUCAAUUGCUGAGAAGACAAAUGAACUUCAGGAAUGUUUGCAGAAAUUACAAGAGAAAUCUGAUUCCCUUGAGGCCGCUGAGUUACUGCCGAGGAGUUGGUCAGAAGCCAAAUUUUGGCAGUCUCACUUCAGGAAUCGUUGGCACCGAUUACAAGAGAAGUCGAAUUCCCUAGAAGCUGCUGAAGGUACUUCCGAGGAGUUGGUGAGAAGUCAAAAUCUGACAGCUAAACUCCAGGAAUUACUCUCCGCGAAGGAAUCAAUUCUCAAGGAAAUCGAAGACAUCUUGCCUGAGGGUAUGCUUGCUGAACAUCAGUCCACGAAUAUAUUAGAAAGAGUCAGAUGGCUUGUGGAUCAUAAGAAUAAGUUGGAUGAUAUCUCUUUUGAAUUUCACAAAGUGAAAGAUGCUUUAUCUGCAGCUAACCUGCCAGAAACAGUUCUCUCUUCCAACUUGGAUUCGCAGAUAAACUGGCUCAAGGAGUCAUUUUCACAAGCUAAAAUUGACAUAACAAAGUUGCACGCUGAAGUUGCUAGUGCUUGGGUGUCUGUUGGCUUACAUGAAUCUGAGUUGGCUGAAGCACGUAAUGAGAUUGACCUACUGAGUGUGUCUCUUUUUGCAGAGAAAGAGGAGAAGGCUGCUCUUCAAAUGGCAUUGUAUGACUUAUCUCGCAAAUAUGAAGCAGUUUCUGAAUAUGGGCCAGGUUCAUCUGAAAAGGAUGGACUAAUAAGAAAGUUUCUAGAGGCUUCUGAGAUGCAAAACCCGGAGGACUCUGAUCAAGCUGACAUUGCUAUGCUUGUAGAAAAGUGCAUUAAGAAGAUCAAGGAGCAAAACAGUACCACUUCCGAGGUUUCUCUUUUUUGCACAGAACAAUUUGAGAGAAUGCAGAGUUUACUGUAUAUACAGAAUCAGAAACUGGUGCUAUGUGAGAACAUACUAGAAGCAGAGAUGGUGGACAAAUUGAAACUGAUGAACUUGGCAAGCGAGUUAGAGAGAGUGUCUCGAGAAAGUGAUGCACUAAAGGAUGAAAAUAAGUCUCUGGAAAAUGAUCUCGAGCGAGCUGAGGGUAAAACUGCUUUGGUUAGGGAAAAGCUAUCAAUGGCUGUAAAGAAAGGCAAGGGUAUGGUCCAAGAAAGGGAAAACCUGAAACGUUCUAUAGAUGAGAGGAAUAUCGAAAUUGAAAAACUCAAGCAAAAGUUGGAGCAGCAAGAGUCUGUUGUUUCUGAGUGCAGAGAUCAAAUUAAUAAACUUUCACGUGAUUUGGAAAGCAUGUCUAAUUUGGAAUCUGAUUUUGCGGCCAUGAAAGAGCAGAGAGAUCAAUUCGAGCAGUCCUUACAAGAGAGCAAUUAUACUUUGCAGAUAGUAGUUAAGUCAAUUGAUACUGUGGCCGUUACUGUUGAUGCAAUGUUAGAGGAUCCUGUGGAAACGGUGAAAUGGCUUUUGCAGUGUUAUCAUGAUUUUCAAGUUGCCAAGUCUCGUGCGGAACAAGAGUUAGAAACAGUAAACCAGGAAAACAUUUCAAUGUCCAGCAAAUUGGAAGAGGCAGAUGCAACUAUUAAAUCACUGGAAGAUGAAUUAUCAAAGUGUAGUGAAGAUCUCUCUCUUCUAACACAAGCAAAGCAAGACAUCGAAGUCAGCAAGGCCUAUGUUGAGGAGGAGUUAAAAAAUCAAAAGAAGAGUCUGGACUUAAAGCUACAAAAUUCACAGAGGUUCUUGCCACUAUUAAGUGAAGCAGUAUCAUCUGCUGAGCGAAGAAUUUCUAUUCUUGUUGAGGAGAAGGCUGCUGCAGAAAACGAGUUAGAGAAGGCAAAAGCAGGAGUGGAAUCUCAAGUUAGUGAGUUAGCAGAGGCGACCCAAACCAUAAAAUCACUUGAAGAAGCACUAUCAACUGCAAAGAGCAGAAUCUCUAUUUUUGCUGAGGAGAAGGCUGCUUCAGAGGCAAACCAAACUGUAAGAUCACUUGAAGAAGCAUUAUCAUCUGCAGAGAGUAGAAUUUCUAUCCUUGCUAAGGAAAAGGCUGCUGCAGAGUUACAUAUAACUAAUGCGGAAAACGAGCUAGAGAAGGCAAAAGCAGGAGUAGAUUCUCAAGCUAGUGAGUUAGCAGAGGCGAACCGAAGUAUAAAAUCACUUGAAGAUGCUCUAUCUCGGGUGGAAAAGCAUGCCUCCGUGCUUUCUAAAGAACUGAACGAUUCCCAAGUUGCUAGAGAUCUCUUGGAGAAGGAGCUAGAGGAAGCAAAAACUGAAGCCAGCAUUCAAGCUAGCAAGGUAUCAGAUGCAUACACAACAAUAAAAUCACUGGAAGAUGCAUUAGCAAAUGCAGAGAAUGACAUUGCGGUGCUUGUCAAUGAAAAGAGAAAUACUGAACAGGAAAUAGCAACACUUAAUGCAAAGUUAAGUUCCUCAGUGGAAGAAUUGGCUGGAACUCGUGGAGCCUCAAAAGGGCAGUCUUUGGAGCUACUAGAGCACCCCAAUCAUCUGGAAAUGUUAAUGAAAGAUAGCGGGCUUCUCUUUUUUAUUAACACGAGGCUUAAGAAAAAACUUGAGAGCCUAAGAGAUAUGCACCUCCUUCUAGAAAGAAUACGGGAUCGGUUCGUUGACGAAGGCUCGGGACUAUUGCCUGCUCGAGCUGGCACAGAGAUGGAUCAUCACCUGGAAAAUCUCCCUCCACCAGACCUUGGAAACUUUCAUAUCGAUACAAUUGACAACAGUGAGAGUAGUGCUGCGGACCCUGAGAAUAUCUCCUCUUAUUUCACAGAUAUCAUAGAAAGUUUCAAUAUGAAGAACAAAUUGAUAAUAGAUAGUUUUGUAGGGUUUUCUGGUUCUAUGGAUGAGUAUGUUGCAGUCCUCACCGAAGCAUUGCAGCAAACAAUAGAUGGAGUUGUUGUAACGCUUGAGACUAUGGAAUCUUUGAAGCAGCAGGUGAAAAACGUAGAAAUUCACAACCGUGAGCAAGAGAGCAUGAUACAUAAGUUGCAGAAUGAUGUGACUAUGAUGCUUUCUGCAUGCAAGGAUAUUGUUGAUGAGCUGAGUUUUGAAGAUGAAAAUUUGAACUCUAGCUUGUUCUCAAGUGAAAGAAAAGCUAGUGGUGAUGCAGUGGAAGAGAAACGGGGCUUACUUGGCACUGAAGGUGUUAAAGCGGUAGAGAACGUUCUAAGUGCUGUUAAAAAAUUUCAAAGUCAAAAUAAACAGUUGGAGAGCUUAAAUAGUGCAUGUGAGGUGACCAUUAAAGAUUUACGAAAUGAAUUGGAAGGGACCAAAUUAAACCUUGAAAGUGUCACGCAAGAAAGGGAUCUUCAUCAAAGCAGAGCCUCUGAGUUGGAGACUACUUUAGAAGAAUUAAAGAGUUCCUGCAACUCGAUGAAUCUUAAACUGGAUGAAUGUCUUGCCAUGGAAGAUAUAUUGAGGGAAAAAGAAGCAGAACUAUCGUCCUUGCAUGUUUCUUUUGCAAUUAAAAGUCAAGAAGAAGAAGGCCGCCUUCUUUCAGAAGGCCAAAUUCAAACCCUUCUAGAGAAGAUAAAUGAAAUUGAGAUCCCUUUUAGGGUAUCAGAACUGAAGAACACGGAAUCUUUUGUGGCAGAUCCUGUUAAGAAGCUCUUUUACGUUGUAGAUACAGUUGCACAGAUGCAGCAUCAGUUUGAAUUAUCUGCUCAUGACAAGGAAGAACUGCAAUCUAGACUUUCAGAAAGUGUUCAGGAAAUUGAGCAUCUGAAAAAGGAAGCUGGAAAUAUUAUUAGCAUUAACCAAGAGCUAGAACAUUCAAAGAGUGACUUAGCUAAGUUAGCAUUUGAUUUGGAGAAAAUAAUUCAGAAAUUUGGAGGGGAAGAGUUAAUUAAAGAACAAAAAUCUGUUACCAUAAGAAAUUUAUUUCCGGUUUUAGAAAAGCUGAUCAAAGAUCUAAUUCUAGAAUCUGAAAAUUCAAAGGCUAGAGCCCAGGAACUGGGUGUCGAAUUGCAUGGGAACAAAAAGUUUGCAGAUGAGCCGUCAGCGAAGGUUGCAUUACUUGAAAUUCCAGUUCGUAAGGGUCUGCCUCCAUCAGAUGCUGUCCAGGAUAGGAGCAUACUUGAAGGGCCUUCAUUGGCAUCUGGUUCAGAGAUAUCUGAAAUUGGAACCAUUGGUCCAGCUGGAAGGAACUCCACAUCCCCCGCUGCUUCUUCUGCGGCUCAUGUGAGGUCCAUGAGGAAGGGAUAAAGUGACCAUCUUGCUCUAACUAUUGAUUCCGAAUCCGAUCGGCUACUCAACCCCCCUGAAACUGAUGAUGAUAAAGGUCAUGUGUUCAAAUCGCUAAAUACAUCUGGUCUCGUCCCCAAACAAGGAAAACUUUUAGCUGAUCGGAUCGACGGGAUCUGGGUAUCUGGAGGUCGAAUUUUGAUGAGUCGUCCCAGAGCAAGAAUAGGUGUCGUAGCUUACUGUCUGUUGUUGCAUAUUUGGUUGUUAGCCAGCAUUUUGUGAUAGAAUCAUUCCACAUGAAACGCUUCCAUCAACUGUUUACAUUACUGCAAGUUGUACUUGUAUUAUAGAUGUAAGUUGGCUCCGUCUUGUUUUUAUUUCUAUUUUCUUUUUCUUUAUGAAUCUCCAGAACAACAUUUUAGAGUUCUGGAGAAUCCGAGCUUACAUACAAGUAGAAAUUGUCUUAAAUUGUUCCACAUUUGAUCAUUGAAUUAUAAUCCAAAGGAAAUUUAUAUUGAAUGAGCCCUUGUAUCA